CAUCAUCCAUCCGUUAACCCAAGCAGGCAACCCAAUUCAGACAUGGCAGCUCCGAGAGCGCUCGUUCUCGCCGUCCUUCUGGCGAUCGCCGUUGCCAAUGCUGAGGCGGCGUCCGUCGUGGUCGGCCUGGCCAAGUGCGCCGACUGCACCAGGAAGAACAUCAAGGCCGAGGAAGCUUUCAAAGGUCUUCAGGUGGCCAUCAAGUGCAAGAACAGCCACGGCGACUACGAGAGCAAGGCGGUGGGCGCCCUCGACGGCACCGGCGCCUUCAACGUACCCCUCGCCGCUGACCUACACGGCGCCGACUGCGUCGCUCAGCUCCACAGCGCCGCCUCCAAGGUGCCGUGCCCCGGCCAGGAGCCAUCCAAGAUCGUCCCGGUUUCCGAGGGCACCACCUUCGGCAUCGUCGCCGGCGACAACACCGCCACGCCGUCUGCUGCAUCGUCGCCGGAGUGCGCGUCCAUGACCCUGUGCGGGCCGAUCAAGAAGUACAUCAUCGAGCACUUCCACCACAAGAAGCCUGUGCCACCCAAGCCGGAGCCCAAGCCGCAGCCCCACCCUGACUACGGCCCCGUGCCCAAGCCGGAGCCCAAGCCGCAGCCCCACCCCGACUACCACCCCGUCCCUCCCACGCCUACAUACGGUGGCGGCGGCGGUGGAUACCACGGUCACCACUGACUCCGAUCUGUCACCAUCCUGCCCAGCACUGAAAUCUCAUCAGCGAGUGCAUGAUCAGUGUCAGUGAGUGACCGACGUUACUAUUUAUCAUCAGUUGCAUGCGUGGCCGCGUGGGUAUUCUUUGGUGGUCUUCUGCCAUUCGCUGCCCCGUUUUAGUAUGUGCACGGCAGAGUUGAGAGUUCAGAAUAACAUUUGUGAGGAACGUGUAUUGCUUUUUUUAAGAUUUGUAAUUUCAGUGUGUGUUUUGUAUAAGAAAUUACUGUGAAUCAAGUAAUUUAAUGAA